UAUUUUUUGUGUUAUUCCAACAGAUUUACACAUAGACCAAAAUAAAAAAAAACUUUCACAUUUUCAAUUGUAUCGUUUCCACUUUCGGUGCGAUAUCAGUGUGUAUGUGCAAAAGUAGAUAAAAUGCUUGUGAUUUACACACUUUUGUUAUUGGUUUGUGUGUGACAUUGUUCAGCUGUGGUGAUAUACACUCUGUCAAUGCGACUAUUAAAAACGAACAGAAAAAACGAAUUUUGCUGAAAUUGCAUUCAUUAAAACUUGUACAAAAGUGAAAUGAUAUAUGUGUGCUGUGUGCGGCGCUUUUAGAACAAACAAAAUUAAUUUAGUUUGAAUAUAUUCAGAGUGUGUGUUGCGAUUGCGAGUGAGGGACUAUGCUCGCCAUUCACACAUAUCGUCACAUUAAAUAAAAACAACAACAACAACAAAAUUUAAUGAAUUUUAAAUAAUAAGUGAAAACAUCAUAAACACACUCAGCGAAUUUCAUUUGCAUACAUAAAUAUCAUUUUGUUUUUUUUUCUGUUAAACUGCUACCAAAUCCACAAAUGCAUAGAUUUGAAAAAAAACAAACCGUUCACGACAUGAAUUCGGCGAUCGUUUUACCAAUUCAUCGAACCGUAUCAACCAAAAUAUCCAAUGGUUUACCAUAGAUUCGUAUUUAUUUCGUGUUGUUUUUUCUUGUGAUAUUUUUAUUAUUAUUAUUACGAUUUUUUUAAACUUAAAAUUCUUUGAUUUGUACUUAAUAUUAUACGUGGAUUCGAUAAAAAGAAAUUAAUUGUUAAUGUAAGAGACCACAAUCGAUUCUCUUCUCACUGUAACGAUAUUGUCACAAACACCAAAAUAAACGUAAGAAAAGCCAAAUAUUCCAAUCGCUUGGAUCGGGUAACAGGAAAGAUUUAGUGGAAUACAAGAUGUUGACGUCGAAACCAUCGAAAGUAGCCAAAGUGGUCAUUUGUGGAAUGAAAAGUGUUGGAAAAACAGCGAUAUUAGAACAACUCAUUUAUGGUAGCAUUACACCUGACACAGAACUCCAUCCAACGAUAGAAGACACAUAUGUAGCUAGUGUUGACACUGGACGAGGAUCAAGAGAUAUAUUACGCAUUUAUGACACAGCCGGUUUACAAGGAAAUGUACAGCAAUUACCACGGCAUUACCUUCAGUUUCCCGAUGGAUUUGUAUUGGUAUACGAUCCUUGUGAGCCGUCAAGCUUAGAUUUGUUGGCUAGCAUAAAGAGUGACAUCGACAAGAACAAAGAUAAAAAAGAUGUAUGUGUAAUCGUUAUUGCAAAUAUGCAUUUGAAAAGUAAUCGAUCAACAUCAUCAAAUGCGAACGCAAUUGAUCCGACCGAAUCAAUAAAUCGUGCCAACAAUUGGUGCGAACGGGAAAGGAUAAAACACUAUACGGUGAAUGCCAUGGAGCGCGCUUCACUGUACGAACCAUUCAUCAACAUUGCCGUACGUUUGCAUCCACCACAAACCAAAACCACAUUUCCACAGUUACGUCAAUUAACACAGAAAACCUCAAAGGCUGAUAACAAUUGAAGAAACGGCACCAUCACAACACACACUCACACUCACAUACGUACACAUACACACGCAAAUACAUUCAAAAUGAAAGAAAAAGAGAGAGAAAUGUUAUUUAUUUUAUUUUUUAUUCAAACUUUUUUGAUAAUUUUUUUUUUGUUUGGUUUCUUAUAUUUAACAAACGGUUGUACUUAUGACAAGAGAAAAACACAAACAGUACUUAGAAACGGUGUAAAAAGCAUUUUCUCACUCAUUAUUAUAUUGUUAAUAACCUGAAUUUUUAAUGUUUAAGAUUAUUAUUAACACCAAAAGAUCGGCAUUUAACAUGAAUAAGCAGAUGGCAUACCUAGCCGGCAAUUUGCGUCGCUUUAUUUUUAUUGCAGAUUUUCCUUGGUGUUGUUGUCUGCUUAUUUAUAUGGUUGCGGACCUUUGUUUAACACAAAGACGUCGAAAAAAAAUGAAUAAUAAAUCUAAAUGCAAAUAAA